AUGUUAAAAUUUGUUGGAUCUUCUAAUUUAUUUAAAUAUUUUGGUCAACAAUCGAGAGGUUUUACUACUUCUUUGGUUAAAUUAUGUCGUUACAAUGAAAAUUUCAGUUCAUCUAAAUAUGUGAAAUAUAGUUCGAGUAUGUCUAUGAUGAAUGAAACAAAUUCUGGUAUUCAAAAAGAAGCAAUUAAAGCUAAUUUUGUUCUAGAAAAAUUACAGUUUGGAGCGAAUUUUUCUAUGAAUAUUAGCUUACAGCAAGGAAUUUCUGGCAGAAGAACAAUUAAAAUAACGAAAAUAUUUAGAACGGCAAAAACUGAAUGGAGGUGGAAAUUUGCAAAUUUACCUAAAUUGCCUGUGCCAGAAGAGGCUUACAAAUUUGUUAGAAUUCUUGAUGAAAUUAUUGUUGCUUGUGACAGCAAAAAAUUUAUUGAUCAUUUAAAUCCAAAUGAGGAAUUAGCUUUUGGAGAGAUUAUUUCUGACUUUUAUGAUAUCUCUCUUUAUUUAAUUCGUGAUCAAAAACACCAACUUUGCGUAAAAUUAGUUCAAAAAAAGAAAACAGAAAAUGGAAUAUUUAAUGCCCAAUAUCUUAUUAAAAUUAAUGCUGUGCCGUGGAUUCGAAAAACAGUUGCGCAGAUACUUAGAGAAUAUGAUGAUAGUGAAAAGUUGCCACCAAUGCCGAUUGUUGAUUUUCCGUUUAGUUAUAAGAAAAAUUAGAAAAAUUUUUAAAUAUUGUU